AUGUCUGAUAGAUUAACUCAAUUACAAGUAUGUUUAGAUCAGUUAAUAGAACAAUUUAAUGCUACUAUAAAUUAUGUAAAUGUCAAUUCGGUACCUGCUUUAUUAGACGAUGGUGAUCCAAAAUCAAUAAUAAAUUUAGCAUCAUUAGCUCCUGCUCCACAACAACCCAAUCAACAACAACAACAACAACAACAACAGCAACAACAGCAACAACAACAACAACAUCAAAAUCAACAACAGAAUCAAAAUCAACAAGAGAAUCAACCUCAGGCCAAAUCUAAAUCUGCUUCACAACCACCUGAAGAAGAUCCAGCUAAAAAAGAAGAAGAAUUUGAAAAUACUUUAAAUGAAUUAAGUACUGAUUUAAUUUUAAAAAGUCGACAAAUUAACAUGUUAAUUGAUUCAUUACCUGGUAUUGGAUCAACACCAGAAUAUCAACUAAAUUUAAUAAGUAAAUUGAAUAAAGAAUUACAAGAAGUAGAACAAGAAAGGAUUGAAAAAAUUAAAGAAAAAGAUGAAUUAUUAAAAAAAGUAGAAGGAUUAAUAGAGACAUUAGCUGUUGGAAUACUGAAUAAUAAAAUAUAA